CGCACGAGGGGAGCAGCCCCGCCGCUCGCGAUUGGGGGACUCUGUUUUCCCUUUUCUCCAAUGGGCAGCCGUGAAUGGUCUCGCCCAAUCUGCUCCCUCUGCCGCGCUCAACUUUGGGUUGUUUUUGUUUGGGCUCGAGCCUCCUUUCAGAUUUCCUCCCGGGCCCGUCCUCCGCCCCGCUCCGUCCCUCCCCUGACAGCGGCUCCGGCUCCUGGCCGGGGCUUGCCUCCCGGGCCCCCUAAGCUGGCCGGCGUCUCGGGUCCCGAGAAAAGGCGUCGGUCCUCCCAGAGUGACUCGAUUCUUUUCACAUAUCCAAAGGAGAGAACAUUGAAAUUAUUCUCUAAGCUAUUUGAAGAGAGUGACUAAAUGCACCUGGGUCAGGCUGUCUGUGGGUAUGAAGUGGUUGGGAGAAUCCAAGAACAUGGUGUUGAAUGGCAGGAGAAAUGGAGGCAAGUUGUCUAAUGACCAUCAGCAGAAUCAAUCAAAAUUACAGCACACGGGAAAGGACACCGUGAAGGCUGGCAAGAACGCAGCCGAGAGGAGGUCAAGCAGAUGUAAUGGUAAUGCAGGAUUCGAAGGACAGAGUCGAUAUGUACCAUCUUCUGGAAUGUCUGCCAAGGAACUCUGUGAAAAUGAUGACUUAGCAACCAGUUUGGUUCUUGAUCCCUAUUUAGGUUUUCAAACACACAAAAUGAAUACUAGCGCCUUUCCUUCGAGGAGCUCAAGGCAUUUUUCAAAAUCUGACAGUUUUUCUCACAACAACCCUGUGAGGUCAAGAAGGAAUGAAGAGCUGUGGUCCUAGCAUGACUCCUCCACUCGGCAUCUACGAUCUGUCAGUUCGCAGUUAAUCUGUCUUCAAGGGGGAAAUGUGUUCACGAUGUUGACUCAUGGUUUUAUUUUAUAUCUUAAAUAUUUGAGCAUUUUUCUCUCUCUUCCUCCCUCCUUCCCUUGCUCCCUUUUUUCUGUCCCCCCUCCUCUUUCCCCUCCCUCCAGUAGCUCUUGGUUGUACAUGCUAAUGGAAGGGCACGGUAGUGCAGCUAAUACAAAUCUGCAACUUUUCUUCAUUGCCACAGUGGUCUCUUGGGUUUGGAAACAGAAAAACCAAAUAGCAAGAAAACCUGGGAAGUCAGUCUCUGGAAAGAGUGGGGAACAGAUUUCGGCCUAUUAAAGGAAGACAAGAAGAACUAAAGGAAGUAAUUGAACGUUUCAAGAAAGAUGAGCACUUGGAGAAAGCCUUCAAAUGUCUGACCUCAGGAGAGUGGGCGCGGCACUAUUUUCUCAACAAGAGCAAAACGCAGGAGAGAUUGUUCAAGGAGCACGUAUUUAUUUACUUGCGAAUGUUUGCAACCGACAGUGGAUUUGAAAUAUUGCCUUGUAAUAGAUAUUCAUCGGAACAAAAUGGAGCCAAAAUUGUUGCAACAAAAGAGUGGAAACGAAAUGACAAAAUAGAAUUACUGGUGGGUUGUAUUGCCGAACUUUCAGAAAUUGAGGAGAACAUGCUACUUAGACAUGGAGAAAACGACUUCAGUGUCAUGUAUUCCACAAGGAAAAACUGUGCUCAGCUCUGGCUUGGUCCUGCUGCGUUUAUAAACCAUGAUUGCAGACCUAACUGUAAGUUUGUGUCAACUGGUCGAGACACAGCAUGUGUGAAGGCUCUAAGAGAUAUUGAACCUGGAGAAGAAAUUUCUUGUUAUUAUGGAGAUGGGUUUUUUGGAGAAAAUAAUGAGUUCUGCGAGUGUUACACUUGUGAAAGACGGGGAACUGGUGCUUUUAAAUCCAGAGUGGGACUGCCUGCGCCUGCUCCUGUUAUCAAUAGCAAAUAUGGACUCAGAGAAACAGAUAAACGUUUAAAUAGGCUUAAAAAGUUAGGUGACAGCAGCAAAAAUUCAGACAGUCAAUCUGUCAGCUCUAACACUGAUGCAGAUACCACUCAGGAAAAAAACAAUGCAACUUCUAACCGAAAAUCUUCCGUUGGCAUGAAAAAGAACAGCAAGAGCAGAGCAUUGACAAGGCAGUCCAUGUCAGGAAUUCCAGCUCCUUCCAACUCUACCUCAUCUAAGCUAACUCCUAUAAGUAAUUCCAGGGUACCAAAGAAACUGAGAAAACCUGCAAAGCCUUUACUUUCAAAGAUAAAACUAAGAAAUCAUUGCAAACGGCUGGAGCAGAAGAGUGCUUCGGGAAAACUCGAAAUGGGAAACUUAGUACUUAAAGAGCCUAAAGUAGUUCUGUACAAAAAUUUGCCCAUUAAAAAAGAUAAGGAGCCAGAGGGACCAGUCCCGGCCGCGGCGGCCAGUGGGUGCUUAACUAGACACGCAGCACGAGAGCACAAGCAGAACUCCGGGCGAGGCGCCCCUGCGCACGUGGAGGGCGCCCCCUGCACCUACACAACCCGGCGGUCCUUGAGGACGAGGAUGAAUUUGAAGGAGACCUCCGACAUCAAGCUCGAACCAAAUACGUUGGAUGGCUACAAAAGCAGCUUGACGGAACCUUGCCCAGACAGUGGCGAGCAACCGUCUCCUGCGGUGCAGGAGGAAGAACUGGCUCAUGAAGCUGCACAGAAGGGGGAGGCCAAGUGUCCUAAGAGUGACAGCAGCAUGUCAAAGAAGAAGUCACGGCAAGGGAAACUGGUGAGACAGUUGGCAGAAGCAGAGGAAUCCGCUGCGGUGCACGAUUCCCCUGGCAGAGCUGGCGUGGGGCGAGAGGGGGUGGGGUCCCACCCUGACCAGGGCGAGCACAGCAGCCUGGAGGGCGUGCCCGGGAGCUACACGGACUGGCCCCCUUCUCCUGUUAGCGGUUCUGUGGUCGCAUCAGACAGCUUCAAAGCAAAAGACAGCUUCCGAACUGCAAAAAGCAAAAAGAAGAGGCGGAUCACUAGGUAUGAUGCACAGUUAAUCCUAGAAAAUAACUCUGGGAUUCCCAAAUUGACUCUUCGUAGGCGUCAUGACAGCAGCAGCAAGACAAAUGACCAAGAGAAUGAUGGAGUGAAUUCUUCAAAAAUAAGCAUCAAGUUAAGUAAAGACCAUGAAAAUGAUAAUAAUCUCUAUGUAGCAAAGCUUAAUAAUGGAUUUAACUCAGGAUCAGGCAGUAGCUCUACAAAAUUAAAAAUCCAGCUAAAACGGGACGAGGAGAGUAGGGGGUCGUAUACAGAGGGGCUUCACGAAAAUGGGGUGUGCUGCAGUGAUCCCCUUUCUCUCCUGGAGUCUCGCAUGGAAGUCGAUGACUAUAGUCAGUAUGAGGAAGAAAGUACCGCUGAUUCCUCCUCUUCAGAGGGAGAUGGAGAGGAGGAUGACUAUGAUGACGACUUUGAAGACGACUUUAUCCCUCUUCCUCCGGCGAAGCGGCUGAGGCUCAUAGUCGGAAAAGACUCUAUAGAUAUUGACAUUUCUUCCAGGAGAAGAGAAGAUCAGUCUUUGAGGCUUAAUGCAUAGUAAGCCCUUGGUCUUAAUUUGACCCGGGAUAACUACUUUAAAGAAAUAAACAAUUCCAGUCAAUUACUCCUCAACCGAAAACAUUUUAGGGGCAGCACUUCUGUUGUCUUUUCACUUAUCAGCAUAAUACUGUAGAAAGUGUACAGCGUACUGACUCUUCUUAAAAGUCUGAUUUGUGCAAAUUUUUAUUGUACUUUUUAAAUAGCCUUCUUAUGUGCAAUUCUGAGUUAGAGGUAAAGCCCUGUUGUAAAAUAAAGACUCAAGCAAAAUUGUACAGUGAUAGCAACUUUCCACACAGGACGUUGAGAACAAUAAUGUGGCUACACAGUUUUCUUUUUUUUUAACUUUAAGAGCAUCAACUGGCUCUUUAAUAUAUGACUAAAAAAUAAUUUAAAACAAAUCACAGUAGCAGCAUAUUAAGGUUUUCUAGUAUAUGCUAAUAUCACCAGCAAUGUUCUUUGGCUUUUUUGAUUUAUUUGCUAGAUGUUUCCCCCUUGGAGUUUUGUCAGUUUCACAGUUUGCUGGCCCAGGUGUACUGUUUGUGACCUUGGUUAAAUAGCAGACCAUCGGUCGGGUGGGAGUGAAACCGGUUUCUUAAAAAAAACAAAACAAAAAAAAAACACAUGCGUGACAGCUAACUUUUCAGUACGUUAUAUGUACGAGGGUCGCAGUGUGCAGGAGGAGUUUCGAUACAGCGUAUUUAUUGCUUGUCAUGUAAAUUAAAGACCUUGUAUUUAACACUUUUCAAUCCUUUUAGAUAAAAUUGUUCUUUGCAAGAAUGAUUGGUGCUUAUUUUUUCAAAAAAUUUGCUGUGAACAAAUGUGAUGGCAACAAACAACAUUUAUCUAAUGAACUACAGCUAUCUUAAUUGGGGUCUUCAAGUUUUCUGUUGCACUUGUAAAAUGCUACAAGGAAUAUUAAAGAACUCUAUUCACUUUAACUUAUAAUAGUUUAUGAAAUAAAAACAUGAGUCACAGCUUUUGUUCUGUGGUAACCUAUAAAAAAAUGUUUGUCUUUGAAAUUCAGUGUAAAGAACUGAAAACAGUGUAUAUGUUGUAAAUAUUUGUGUGUUGUGAGAAAUUUUUGUCAUAAGAAAUUAAAAGAACUUACCAGGAAGGUUUUUAAGUUUAGAAAUAUUCAUGCCAAUAAAAUAGGAAAUUAUAAAUAUAUAGUUUUAAGCACUGCAUCAGUGGGAGUUCUUGGCUUAUGUUAGUUUAUGUAUGAAAAUAUCAAAGAUUUUUUUGACUAUAUUAUCAGUUAAACAAAAAGAGGAGUCAUUUAAUUUGUUUUUGAAGCACUUUGAGAAGAGAAAUUAAUUUUAAGUAACUUAAUGAGCAAAAUUUUGAUUACUACUUUGUGUUCAAUACCAACCUUCCAUUUCUCUGGAUUAUUUUACAAAUCAUUGGACAAAGAAUCUGAGAAUAUAAAUCUGUAGCAGGUGUUUGACACCAGUGGGUCUCUCUACUUCUGGGAAAUGUGUACAUGUACUUUCAGAUAUACAGUGUUCCUAAGUGAAAUCAAUUUAGGAGAUUCGUGUAGUGUCUAGAAAAGUAGCCCAUAUCUUUAAAUACUUAAAGGAAUCUGCAGGUAAUGAGAAGUCCAGUGGAGAAAACCUCAGUGCUUACUGUUACUACUUAUUGAUUCCUACCAGUUUCUAGGUUCCUGGGGAUACUAUUUAAAUUAAGUUCCUUAGAACUAUUGCUAGUAGGUUCCAAAUAGAAAUUAGUAACAUUCAUAAAAGUUCUUUAAAUUUAGAAUUUUUCUCCCCUUCUGUUCUUCAAGGAAUUACUUCUAUAGUCUUCUGUCGUCUCUUUCCUGUUUGUUACGGUGCAGCUUCAUCCUCAGGUAUUAAUGUGGGAGCAGGUGGCUGACCUCCUCGCCCACUCACACCCCCCUUUGCUCGCUCCGUCUAGAAUUCUUCACCUCUCGAAGUAGGGCAGCCCUGCAAGGUCUGUCCCAAGGCACUCGGAGCAGUCUACAACCUCACCCAGUCCUCCCGGUGUCUCUGGGUGGCAGUGGGAGACUCAGGCCACUGAGAAGGUCACGCCUAGACCCUGUGUCUGGGAGGUACCAGAGAGCAGGGGGUCAUCUUUUAUUCCCACCUUAGUUUGGAGUCUUUCAAAGAGGUUCAGAGACUAAAUCUUGAACUGUUUUCUUGGAAUACCAACGAUAGCCAUUUCAGGAAUUUCAUCUUAAGGAAAAAGUAACAAAACACCGCAUUUCCCACUUUACUCCAUUUUUAAGCUUAAUUUUAGUAAUUUAUUUAUGAUGUUUAACUUUAUUGAGGCCUCGUCUUUGGGGGCUGAGCUUCCCGUGGGUCCGAGCAGUGACGUUAGGUGGUGGUCACUGCCUCAGGAGUCGGUGUGCACAAGCGCUCGGCAGCCACUGCCGGCGCCUUCCAGGGAAACCUAAUUUCCGUUUUUACAGUUAGGGGCCUCGGAGCUGGUCUAGCUCUGCUGUAGAACUUCACUGUGUGGAAUGGCGAAACCCACACACUUGACCACUUGGAAGAGGUUGCAUUCAAUAAAACGUAGCUAGAGCUUAUGCAACGAUUGGUAAAGAUUUUGGCAUUGUAAGAAUUAGGAAAUGAUCAUAGAAAUAUAUGUAAGGUAUUCAAUUUUCAAUCAUUUUUCAAAUUACUGUUUUAAAUUGUUUUGCUGAGUUGUAACACUUUUGAGAUACAAUGUAUUCCUUGUACUGAAAGAAUGAAAAAAGGACUUUUUCAGCAUUUGAGGUAAGUUCUUUAAUGUUUCAUUAAAAACAUUUUUUACAAAUAUUUUGUACAUGCACUUGCAGUAUUGAGGUUAAUCAUUUUAAUAAAUUCGGAAAUUAAAACA